GCUCUUUUCAGAUGAACUGUCAUGCUAGUUGUAGCUGGUCUUCCGUAAUAUCCAUUACAACCUUCUACACUAUAUAUAACAUCAAGUAGCGUGUCAUAUAUUUGAAAUAAUUUCUCAUUCAAUUCAAUGUAAAAUUAUAUUUUUCUCGAGUGUUAUAUCGCGCGUGUAAUCAUAUAUUUACAAAACAUUUUAUAUCUUUAUAUUUUUAUAUAAAUUUUAUUAUUUGCAAAUGUACCAAAUUCGAAAUAACAAAAUCUCGCAGAUAUAUAAUUUUUUCCAAUAGUUUUAAUGAACUGAAAAAUUAGCAAGUAUAAAAAUUAAGGAUUUACCUUCUAAUUCAAAACGCCUAAAGGCGUUUGAAACAACCACAAAAUUCCAUUUUGCAACAAAAUGACUGCGGAGGGUAGUAUGGAGGAUCGUCAACCAAAUUGGUCGCAGGAUAUGCCAACAGUGCAGGAAGUCGGCGAAAUGAUGCGAAGUUUUGGCUUAUGGGAUUACGGAGUUUUUGGGUUUAUGUUGAUCGCUUGUGGUUUUGUCGGCAUUUACUUCGGUUUUAUUAAGAAAUCAUCAGGAGUAGAUGAAUAUCUUGUAGGUGGCAGAAAUAUGAAAACGUUUCCCGUUAGUCUGAGUCUUAUAGCAAGUUUCAUAUCGGGUAUUUCGUUAUUGGGUACACCGACGGAAGUGUACGUACAUGGCAUUAGUUAUCUCUGUGUCGGUUUCGGAGUUAUCAUCGUUGGUAUUGUAACGUCAGGAAUCUAUUUACCAAUUUUUCACGAACUCAAACUCACAAGCACCUACGAAUAUCUCGAAAGACGAUUUGAUAGAAAGAUCAGAACAUUAGGAUCAGUACUUUUUUUAAUUGGCAUCAUGACAUGGCUUCCUAUUGUUAUUUACGUGCCAGCAUUGGCUUUUAAUCAAGUUACCGGAGUAAAUGUACACGUAGUUACUCCGUUCGUGUGUAUUGUGUGCAUUUUUUAUACUUGUGUGGGUGGUUUACGAGCAGUAGUAUGGACUGAUUUUAUUCAAACCUUCAUAAUGUUUGGUUCUAUGUUACUAAUUAUCAUCAAGGGAACAUCUGAUGUAGGUGGAUUAUCAUUAGUAAUAAGAAGAAAUCUGGAAUCUGGAAGGCUUGAAUUACCUACGACAGAUUGGAGUCCUCUUACGAGGCAUACGAUCUGGUCCCUCGUCGUUGGUGGUUUUUUUCAUUGGUUGCAAAUAUCCGUAAUCAAUCAAAAUAUGAUUCAAAGAUAUCUUGCAUUACCUACAUUAAAAUCAGCUAGAAGAGCACUCUGGAUUUUCAUAGUCGGAGUCUUGAUUUUAAUGGCAAUAUGCGGAUACGCAGGAAUGUUAAUAUAUGCUUGGUACCAUGUAUGCGAUCCACUUACUACAAAGUUAGCAGGCGCGAAAGAUCAAUUGUUACCAUUACUUGUUAUGAAUAUAUUAAAUGAAUUCCCGGGUCUUCCAGGCCUUUUUGUUGCCGGAGUAUUUAGCGCAGCAUUGAGUUCUUUAUCUACCGGUUUGAAUUCGAUGGCUGCGGUAGUAUUGGAAGAUUUUAUUAAACCUUUCAGAAAAACGCCUUUUUCUUCGAAAGCCGCGGAUAUUUUAUUAAAAUUAACGGUAGUUGUUCUUGGAGUAACUUGCGUAGCCCUUGUAUUUGUCGUUGAGAAAACAGGAUCUCAUGUAUUGCAGUUGUCCACGAAUUUAGCCUCCAUUACUAGCGGCCCGUCUCUUGGAAUUUUCAGCAUGGGUGUUUUAUUGCCCUGGGUAAAUGCUAAGGGUGCUCUAAUAGGUGGUAUUUCUGGUUUGGGUUUUAUGGGAUGGAUUAGCCUUUCGGCUGAGGCAGCGAUCGCUAGUGGAAGAAUAAAAUUUGACGAGAAACCAGUCAGCACAGAAGGAUGCUAUUACUCGUUUCCUCAAGUGGAAAAUUUAAUGUUACUCGAGCCUCCAGAUACGAUUUUGGAUAGUGACGAAUUUCUUCCAGAACCUCUAGCAUUGUACCGUCUCAGUUAUCUUUGGUAUACUGUAACUGGUGCAUUGGUAACAAUGACCAUCGGCCUUGUUGUGAGUCUUAUUUCAUCUGAAAAUAUUGAAAAAUUAGAUCCAAUGUUAUUGGCACCGUUUAUACGAAAAUUGUUAAAGACAUCUGACAAAGAAUCCCAACAAGAGGCUGGAAAUUUAGAAAUAAAUAAUCUGGAAAUACGUAGAACUGGAGAAGAAAACGUAGCUGAAAGUGUAUUACAUUAGUAUGACCUUGACUUGAUGAUCAUGAUCUAUGUUGAUCGAAUCAGGGGUCGGCAAACUGUAUGAGAUGAAGUGUUUGGUUGACAGGCUGAAAUAUUAAAUUAAGAGAAUUGAGUCUAAAAUAAGUUAAAUCAAUGGAGAAAAUAAAGUACAAAAUGACUCGAGUUAGAGUUUGGAUGAGUUAAAAUACCGAGGCAAGGGAGACGAACUUAUCUAAUAUAAUUUUUAGUUAGUGAGACGAAAGAGUUUGAUAAUGGACUAUGAAAUAUGAAUAAAAUUUUAAUAGAUUUUUUACACUUA